AUGCCCUUCAACACAUCGACCAAAGCAUUCUACCCAUCCGACGGAUUCGUCAUAAGCUGUGGGACAGUUCCCCUCGACCUACCUCACAACAAAGUACUUUUGAUCCGUAUGCGCUCCACCAACGAAAUAUUCCUUCCCAAAGGACGCAAGGACGAAAACGAAUGUAUGAAAGCAGCGGCACUAAGAGAAACAUACGAGGAAACAGGUUACUGCGCAACCAUCCUCCCACUGAAGAUUCCCACACACGCUACCAAUAGGACAGGCGAUGGAGCACAUGAGGAGCCCAUUGCAGUGACACAACGAGUUAAGGACGGCAUCUUGAAGAUUAUCUUCUGGUACGCUGCGAGUGUGGAUUCGAGACAGGUACCUGAAAAAGAUACGCAGCAGGAAGGGGAGGAUUUCGAGCCGAUAUGGUUGGAUUGCACGCAGGCCCUUGUGGCGCUGACUUUUGACGACGAUAGGGAGGUUGCUCGGCUAGCGAUAGAUGCGGUUUCUGAUUCUCGUCGUGUGACAGGUCUGUAA